CACCCUCUCAUCGGCUGUUGUUCACGCAUGACGUGCGCGCAUAUGUUCUCUUCGACCGCGACCGCGAGGGCGGCUGGUAGUUGUCAUUUGUCACCGCGAACGGUGUGUUGUCCAACUUCCAACUGUCGUAAAAGAUGAUGACCUCGUCGGAAACGUCGGAGGUGGAGAAUCUGGGAGGCGAGAAAGGUACCGAGGACUCGGCGAUCCUUGAAGUGAGCUCCAUGGCGGUGGGCGGGAUCGUCAAGCAGGAGAGCCGCGACGUCGAUUUCUUGUCCAACUGCAGCACCUCCAUCGAGGGGUCCGUGAUUGCAUCUCCUUCUAUCGACAGCUUCUCUACUCUGCCCGAUCAGGAGAUAUCAGACUUUCAGACAGACUCGCGAGAUCUGCAGGUGAAAGUAGACAAUCCACAAAAACAUCUGGAAACCUUGGAGACAUAUAUUACAUUCCGUAUAACAACUAGAACUACGCGUCCAGAAUUUGAGGAAGGGGAAUAUGUAGUUCGCAGACGCUACAAUGAUUUUAUAUGGCUGCGUCAAAAAUUAGUGGACAGUUAUCCGACACAUAUUAUACCACCAAUGCCAGGCAAGCAUACCCUUCUCGCUCAACUGGAUCGUUACUCCAAGGAGUUUAUUAUAGCACGCAUGAAGCUUUUGCACAUAUUCCUGAACAGAGUGGUGAAUCAUCCUAUUCUCAGUUGUGACAAGAAUUUCCACAUUUUUCUCACUACUAAACCUGCUGAGUUUCUCGUUUAUCGUAAAAAUCGUGGAAAUGUGCUUGGAAAAAUGACCGAUUCUUUGCAAAACAUAGCAAGCACGUAUACAUUAAAACAGCGUCAUUUGGAGUUUGAGCAGAUACGGGAUUAUUGUACGGCGUUGAGCGAAAAACUGUCAGCCAUAGAUAAAAUCAAUCAUCGUAUACACAAACAAAGGCAAGAUUACUUAUUGGAGCUUCAUCAGUUACAUCCCAUAUUCACAUUGUGGGCAACCUCGGAACCAGAACUCGCGGCUAUUCUUUUAGCGAUCGCUAAGGCAGUAGAAACGAACGCGAUAGCUCAUCAGAAACUCCUGGAAAAUGUUCCAAACGACGAACGCGAAUACGUCUCGUACGUAGAAGCGGUCAAGAACGCAUUGUCACGACGUGAUUCGAUGCAAAUUGAAUAUGAAAUAACCGUUGAUGUAUUAGCGAUGAAGAGAUUAGAAAAGGAUCAGUUGGUAGGAAAUACAAACUACACAAUACCUUCCCCUGUCCAAGGCUGGGGUGGAUCUUUAUGGAAAGCAGAAUCUCGUGAUGAAAAAUUGGAGAAACUCGGCCAAACCAUUCCGCGAUUAGCUAAGCAAGCGGAGAUACUGCAGGAUCGCGUGGAAUGUGCAAACGAGAAUCUGCGAAGCGAUUUGCAGAGAUGGAACAUAGAGAAACAACAGGAUCUAAAGAAUAUGUUAAUCGCGAUGGCGGAUCGACAUAUCAAACAUUAUCAACAGUGCAUGAACGCGUGGGAAGAAAUUCUCACCGGUCUUAAAUUGAAUGGGAUUGGAUCUGAUGUUAACGUAGGUCCGCCUGUUAAGAUACCUGUUUAAAUUGCUAGUCUUUCUUCGCCUCUCUAAAAAAAAAAAAAAUGAAUAGAAUAAAUAUUCGUUACACGUACAAAGGUAAUAACACACCAAUUCAAGAGAAUCUCUAUUAUUAAAUAAUGACAAAAAGUUUAUUGUAAAUCCAAAGAACAAUCUAUCUUCAGCUUCAAUAUCCAUUGCUUCUAAAAUCGAAUCAUUUCUUCGGAAUCUCAAUAAGAUUACCAUACAGUUAUUGUAAUUAUUUAAUAAUGGCGGAAUUGCAAUGAACGCGUUCGAUGAUAAUAAAAAUCGCGCAUUUAUGUAUGUACAUAUAAUACGCUAAUAUCAAAACUCUAUUUGGAAAACUCGCCUUUAUGAUACAAUAAUCUUGUGAUAAUGUGAAAAAUUAAGUAUAUAACGCGUUUGGUCCUACAUACAUGUAUGUGAGGGAACAAGUUAUUUCAGUAUAUAUCAUGUGUAGGAAAGAUUUUCCAAUGUUUCCUCUUUCUUUAGAGGUUUAGCUCAUGAAUUAUAAUUUUGGGGACCAAGCAUCGCGCUAGCUGAUAUUACUGUUUUUUUUUCUCUUUUCUGCUUUGAAUCACAUUACAAUAUAUUUAUUGACAAUCAAUUUAGCUUAUAUCUACUACUUACCAAAGUACAGUUACCAUGAUAGUGUAGAGAUAGCAUCAAUGUCAGAGUAUAUAUAAUAUAUAUAAUAUAUAUAAUAUAUAUAUAUAUAUAUAUAUAUAUAUAUAUAUAUAUAUAUAUACACAUAUACUACAGCACUAAUAAAUUUUACAAAUCGCAAAGCAAAAUGCUUGCAAUAACUUCGUUGUAUCAUUAAUUAGUAACUUUAGUCUAAGGAAGGUAUUUCUAACAAAGGGGAACACUAGACGUGGCUCCCUUCGAUUUUACUAAGUAUUAUAUAAAUAUAUUACAUAUCUCCACUAAUCCGUAUAAAAUAAUACGAUCCAACUAUCAAGCAUUCGCGAGAAAAACGCGUAAAUUUAAAAAUUUACGUGGUCUGUAUGGACCAAGUUGUAAGAACGUUUUUCUCGCUGAUGCUUAAAAGAGUUUGGUCGUAUCAUUUUUACUAUGAGUUAGUGGAAGAGUAGGAUUAUAAUAUAUGUCAGACUCAUUAAAAUCGGAGGAAACCAUGUUCCUCUUAAGUUAUGAACAAAUCACUUGAUCUCGUCACGCUCUUGGUAAUACGGAAAAGAAACGUAGUGAGAAUUCCAUAUAUGGCGCUUAUAUUUCCUCUCCCUGUGUCUGUUAUUUAUGCUCGAAGAGAAGGUACUCUUUGUUAUUCAUAAGUAAAACGCGAAAUACAUUCCUAUUUACAUUAUAUACCGUGGAUAGACGCAAAUCGGCAAAAACGGCGAAAUUUGUAUCAAUAAAUAAAUUAUUGUUUGCAAUGAA